GCAGGACAGCACACUGUGACUAUUGCAUAGUCGGGGAGAGAUGGCGUUGGCAAAAUCAAUUGCUAUGAAAGCUUUCAGCAAAUCGGCAGAAAGUUUCGGUCUCAAAUGGGCGUUUUGUCGCGGUGCCCAAGCCCAUCGUAUUCGAGCCUUCUCGGCUCUUAUGUCGCCGCCGUCCAAGGCCGUUGUGUACGAGCGCGAGGGCCCACCCGACACCGUCACAAAAGUUGUAGAGUUACCGCCGGUUGAACUGAAACAGAAUGACGUGUGCGUUAAAAUGUUGGCUGCUCCAAUAAAUCCUUCUGAUAUCAACCGCAUACAAGGAGUGUACCCACUGAGACCACAAGUACCAGCUGUGGGAGGAUAUGAGGGUGUUGGAGAAGUGUAUGCAGUAGGCUCUGCAGUUGCAGGUUUAUCUACUGGUGAUUGGGUCAUUCCAUCACCACCGUCUUCUGGGACAUGGCAGACUUACGUUGUCAAAGACCAGAGUAUCUGGCACAAAAUUAAUAAGGAUUCACCUACGGAAUAUGCUGCGACAAUUACUGUUAAUCCCUUGACUGCAUUAAGGAUGCUUGAAGACUUCACAACUCUAAAUUCUGGAGAUUCUAUUGUGCAAAAUGGUGCUACAAGCGUUGUGGGGCAGUGCAUAAUUCAGAUUGCAAAAUUUCGUGGCAUCCAUAGCAUUAAUAUCAUUAGGGACAGGCCAGGAUCAGAUGAAGCGAAGGAAAAGCUUAAAAAACUUGGGGCAGAUGAAGUUUUUACCGAGAGCCAACUGGAAGUGAAGAAUGUCAAGAGUCUCCUGGCUAAUUUACCUGAACCUGCAUUGGGAUUCAACUGUGUUGGGGGCAAUUCUGCUUCUUUGGUUCUCAAAUUCUUGAGACAGGGAGGAAGUAUGGUAACUUAUGGUGGAAUGUCAAAGAAACCUGUCACCGUAUCAACAUCAUCCUUCAUUUUUAAGGAUAUUUCCUUGAAGGGCUUCUGGUUGCAGAAAUGGCUGAGUUCAGAUAAAGCGACAGAGUGCAGAAAUAUGAUAGAUUAUUUACUGUGCCUCGUACGGGAAGGGAAGUUAAAAUAUGAGAUGGAAUUGGUUCCUUUUGAAAAGUUUCAGAUUGCUUUGGACAAAUCACUCGGAUCACAGGGUAGCCAACCUAAACAAGUACUCAAGUUUUAGAGCUUACAAUCGGAUCGGGAUUUAAUAGCACUCUAGAAAUCUACCCAAACAUUACAACUGGACAAAGUUGUUCCCCUCUGGUGUGUUUCUGAACCAUCCACUCUAGCGUAGUUAUGUUGAAAAAGAUCUUAGUUUCACAGUCAAAUUGAAUAAAAAAAAAUUUGUGUUUUAUUUUAUUCCUUUGCAAUUGUGCUAUUAGCUGAUUGUAAGAUAUCAUUGAAUAACGUCAAUUAUAAAUUGAGCGCCAUUUAUGCAA